GUCAUCAGUGACUGAGGGCAGACUGGCUGGAAUUUUAGAACAGCCAAGUGUUGCGUGCAGCUGCUACAGGCAGGAAAGAGGCAGAGCUAACACCCAACAAAGGCAGAGAGGAAGGCUGCUCCCCCACUGCUCGUACCGCUGCUGGGGCACAUCACAGGGAUGGAGUGAGCAACAUUACCAGGGAUUCAUUCCACAAGUGCCCACUACAGAAGGACAACUGCUGAAGUGAAGUGCUAGCAGAUUGCACCACGGCAGAGAGGAGACAGAAUAUAUCCAGUAACUCCUCCAUACAAAAUGAGUUUCCCAGGAGGUUUACUGGGCUCAGGCAUGGUGCUGCUGCUUUGGAUAACAUUGGCUGUAUGCUUCACCGCUGCUUCAGGUAGAUUUGCGGAGUCUUCAAGUUCUAGAAGACAUAGACAGGCCAUAUCAUCUCCAAAUUCACCUGGAUUAUGCCGAUAUGGAAGCAAAGUUCAGUGCUGCUAUGGAUGGAAACAUAAUAAUAAAGGACAGUGUGAAGCUGUAUGUGAGGAGGACUGUAAACAUGGCGAAUGUGUUGGACCAAACAAAUGCAAAUGUUUCCCUGGAUUCACUGGAAAAAGCUGCAGUCAAGAUUUAAAUGAAUGUGGUCUGAAGCCACGUCCCUGUGAGCAUCGGUGUAUGAACACCCACGGCAGCUACAAGUGCUAUUGUCUGAACGGCUACAUGCUGAUGCCAGAUGGCUCAUGUUCAAACUCCAGGACCUGUGCAAUGGCAAACUGCCAGUAUGGCUGUGAAGAAGUCAAAGGGGAGGUGCGAUGUUUAUGCCCAUCAAGUGGACUGCAGCUGGGGCCGGAUGGAAGAAACUGCAUAGAUAUUGAUGAAUGUGCUGCUGGAAAAGUGACCUGUCCUUUCAACCGGAGAUGUGUGAAUACAUUUGGAAGCUACUACUGCAAGUGUCAACAUGGCUAUGAAUUAAAAUACGUGAAUGGCAGAUAUGACUGUGUAGAUAUAAAUGAGUGUCUGGUGAACACUCACAAGUGCAGUCCUAACAGUGACUGCCUCAACUAUCCAGGAUCCUUUAAAUGUAGAUGCAAACAAGGAUACAAGGGCAAUGGAUAUGAGUGCUCAGCAAUUCUAGACAAGCCAGUGAAAGAAAACACUAAAAUAGUUGGAAGUGUUAAAGACACUAUUAAGAAACUCCUGGCACAUAAAAACAGCCUAAAGAGGAAUGAAGACAUAAAGAAUAUAAUCCCUGAACCAGUUAUUACCCCUUCACCCAAAACACGCUUGCAACCGUUUGAUUAUGAAGAUGGAGUCUACAUUGGGGAAACUUAUAAUGAGGAGAAUGAAAGAGAAGAGGAACAGGAUGAAGAAGAUGAUUAUGAAAACAUAAUUGGAGAAGAGAAAAUACUGAGAGGUGACGUGUUUGCUCUACAGGUGAAACGAGAAGAGGCUGCCUAUAGCCCACAUUCAGUAAUCCAAAAGGUCCCUCAUCUAAAAUCAGAAGAGGUCACUAUAGAUUGCAGCUUUGAUCGUGGAUCCUGUGACUGGAAGCAGGAAACUGAAGAUGACUUUGAUUGGAAACAUACAGAUCGGAGUCAUGGUUCUGGAUUUUAUCUGUCAGUUCCAGCAAAUGUUGGUCACAAGAAAGAUAUUGGUCGUUUGAAACUUCCACUUGCAAACUUAAAUGCAGACACCAAAUUCUGUUUGACCUUUACCUACCAAAUUGUUGGAGAAAAAGUUGGGAAACUGCGAGUAUAUAUGGAUGACAACAACAAUCCCGCAUGGGAGGAGAGCAAGAGUAAGGAUGAGGGAUGGAGGAUAGCAAGAGUUGAGAUACCUGAGAGACACAGCAGGACAACCAGCACUAUUACAUUUGAAUCUGAACGUGGGAAGGGAAAAGCUGGAGAGAUGGCACUGGACAAUGUCUUUCUUGUCUCUGGUCCAUGUUCUGAAGAUUGAGCCUGAGAUAACGUGACUUCAUUUAACUGUACUGUAUACAACGUUAAUUGACAUGUGCCUUACUUUUAUUACACAAAGGAAAACAGUAUUUUUUCUGUUGAAUGUGAUCUAGUAUAAGUUAUCCACAAUAAUGUCAUGUUUACAAGCAAGGGAUAUAUGUAUGACCAUGUGUGGAAUAUUAGUAAUGUUUGUUCUGGAGUUAGAGAGUUAUGUUUUAUAAAAUGCUUUACAAUCAUAUAUUAUUUGCCAAAAUGGUGCUUAGGGUGUGUACACACGGUGAGAUCCCUGCUAUGUUCGAUUUUCACUAUGCGAUUUCCCUUGAACUCCCCCAGAGACCAGAUAGCACAGAUUGUACAGAUUUUGACUAUCUGUGCUUGAGAUUUUGUCUAUGUACAAUUUUGACUAAGUGCCAAUUUUGACUAUACUUUGUACUAGAUUGUACACUAGAUAGUCAAGAUUGACUUGCCUGCACAGUCUAUCUAGCCUUACGAUAACGACCCCACGGGAGCGCGCAUCGGGAUCGAAUCUGUAUCGCAAGCUGCCUAACACCAUGAGAUAUGCACCUACUUUUCAUAAGAUUUUGACUAUAUAGUCAAAAUCUCACAGAUUUAUCUCACCGUGUGUACGCACGUUAAGUGUUCUUAUUUUUGUUAUGUAAAAUUAUGUGAUAUUGUACUUUUCGAAUUUCUGACAAUUGAUUAUUCCAGCUGUCACUGAAUUAUCUGCUGCAUCUGUAUUUUAUAGAAUACAUUUUUCCUUUCUUACUGAAGAGUAUUAGAUACAGUGGCAUAACUACAGGGAGGCUAGACUGGCAGAAGUCCAGGUGUUCACAAGGUGAAGAGGGCUCACCGACCUCUGGCGGCUGGAGAGUCCAGAAAAUGCUGUCGAGAUUUCCUUAUUCUCAGAUCACUGUCUUCCGCGACCAUGCCAACACAGUCGCCUACCUGGGGAGGCUCCUCUGUUGCUGGGGUACGCCUAUGGAAGUUGGUGUCCCCACGGGUACCUUGUGUGUGUCCCUUGGGAGUGCCUUAAACCAGUAUUCUGUACAGCUGCCUCCUCGUCUGCCAGUUGCCUGUUUGGCUCCAGAGUUUGCCAGGGGACUCCAAAUCUCUAGUUACGCCACUGAUUGGACAGCACCAACAUAUGCACUGUGAAUAACAGCCAUACUUGAUUUAACUUAGCACAUACAGUAGGUAUGCUUCUCUUAUAAUAUUACUUUUCUGUCACUAUAUAUACGAAGUACCUGACGUACGAAACGCGUUGGGCGUGGCUAAGUGACGUAGACGCCGUGACGUCAUCCUCCGGAUUCAGAGCCGGAGAUCAGACGAGCUGUGGUUCGGGAGACAUACCGGCUAAGUUGCGGUGGAAACACCAUGCUGAUGAAUUUUAACCUUUAAUGUAUGUAAUCAAAUGCUACAAAGUAAAAGUUGUUACUUCUUAUAUAAUCAAGAGUGCGCUCUCCAUUUUUCGACAGUCUUUACCUUUACUCCAGUGGCUUGGAGGGGAUCUGAAGCUGCACUCUUGGUGAUGUUAUAAACUCUGAUUCACAACAGUUCCUGUUGCGCAACACCUGAACACUUUGAAAGAUAUAUAUAUAUAUAUAUAUAUAUAUAUAUAUAUAUAUACACAGUGUAUAUAUAGAUAUGUACAGAUACAGGGUGUAGUAGGGUUUGCCGGCGGCCAGCAUACCGGUGCCGGAAUCCUGACCGCCGGCAUACCGACAGCUAGACGAGCGCAAAUGAGCCCGUAGCACGCCACGCUAUCUAUCCUCCCUCCGGGGAGGUCGUGGACCCCCAAAUGGGAGAGAAGGUGUGGUAUGCCGGCUGUUGGGAUUCCGGCGCCAGUGUACUGUGCGCCGGGAUCCCGACAGGUGGCAAACUGAAGACCACCCCACAUACAUACUGUAUAUAUACUUACCACGCACUGUAAGCAUGCACACAAAAAGCCACUGUAAUGCAAAUAUACUAUAUAUUUUCCCAAUAAUGGGCUGAUGAUAUUUUUGGAACAUAUAUAUAUAUAUAUAGAGAGAACAAGGUGGGUCCGGCACAGCCACUUGUAGAAACUAGUACAUCGGGUGCCCUCACAAAAAGGCAGAUAGCAGACACAGGGUGGUGCGGCACUCCAAUGAUUCACAAAG